UCAUGUUUGCCUAAUUGAGGUUUUUUUCAGCACAAAAAAUGGCAAGUGUUGAUGACAAUCUAAGUUCUCACCUUCAAAGUCUAAAUCUGAGUGAAAAAUCUGCUAUAGCUCUAGAAAAGGUGGAAGAGAACUACAUAUUAGAUGUUGCAGUACAAAAAAAACAAGGAGAUAGGAAACUGGUAGCUGCCACAAGUUCAAAUCAUGACAUUCGACUUUAUCAGCAUGCUGACUUGUCUGUGGUUGGUAAACUGACAGGCCACACCGAUGUCAUAACUGGGAUUCAGUUUGCAAACACAGAAGAUAAUGUCCUAUUUUCAUCUGCUUUGGAUAAAUGUAUCAAAUGCUGGGAUGAACGGUCAGGAAAAUGUGUCCAAAAUUAUGAAGCACCAGGAGAGAUCAAAGGAUUUAGCAGUUUUGAUAUCAACAGUAAUGACAGAGUGAUUGCUGCUGGAACAGAAUGUUUAACUACAGCUGAGGAUGUUCACAUUAUCUUCUGGGACAGAAGGAAAACAGAUGUAAUGGGCUCGUACAGUGAAAGUCAUCAGGAUGAUAUUACACAGGUCAAAUUUCACACUAAUCAGCCAGAUAAUCUGGCCACUGGGUCAACUGAUGGUCUAGUCUGCGUGUUUGACAUUUCUCAGACAUCAGAAGAUGAUGCCAUUUCAUGGACGUUCAAUGCAGAGUCAUCUGUGGCUAGAAUAGGAUGGACAGGAGAGAAACAAACUGAGAUAUACUGUAUCACACAUGACGACUGGCUUCAGGUCUGGGACUCUGUUGAAGGAGACGACAUCGUAGAAAGAAGAGAUAUGAGAGAAAAACUUCAGGGUACAGAGACAGUGGACUACAUGGUGGAUUGCUUAUACACAGACAAGUUGUAUCUCGUGAUGGGCACUCACAGUGGCGACCUUAAAAUUAUGACUAAAGACGAUCCAGUCAACGUCGUCAAAAGUCUUAAAGGAGGCCACAAAGCAACCGUGCGAUGUUUGCACUGGGAUGAUGCGACCCACACGUUGGUGACGGGAGGGGAGGACUCUUUAUUAUGUAAAUGGAGCGACUGUGUUCAGCAGAUGGCGCACAACAAAAAAGUCAAGUUAAAAAUGAAGAGCAAGGACUCAAAGAAAGCAAGACCCUAUUGAAAAUUGAGUGUUUUGAAUUUUUAAUGAAUAAACUGUUCAUAAACAUUUUUA